ACGUAGGCUAUUUGGGAUCCUGGAGCACAAUUUUGGUUUUAAAAAGUAGCACUGGUUGGGUAUAUUUUGUAAGCUAUAGUCAACAAUAUAUCGUAUGGGUCAAACUUAUCAAUUUUUCUUUUAUGCCAAAAAUCAUUUGGACAUAAUAAUAAAUAGCAUGUUCCAUGAUUUUGAAAAAUCCAGUAAAUACAUCACAACUUGUAUUCGUUGCUAAGAACUUCUUUCUCUCCCUCUCUCUCUAGUUAUUUUUUCUCACACACACACACACACACACACACAUAUAUAUAUGGACUACAAUCAUACUAGUGUCUUAUUACACUGCUAGUACAUAAAAAAGUUAUAGCGUCUAAUGAAUAUUUAAUGUUGAAUUGGUAUAUUAUGGUCAGCAUAAAUAUUAGUUAAUAGAUUAGUAGUAGCAAUAUGUAUGGUUUAAUGCAUGGUCUCAUUCUAAUGUGAUUGGUGUGAUUUGAGGUAUCUGUCCAGAGGCUACUAAGUCAUCAGGACAUCUGUACACAACCUUUUUUAGUUAUACAAAGGUAUUAUUUUCUUCGUGUUGUGCCCAGUCUUCAUUGUGUGUAUGUGGUGUCAUUCAGUGUCGGGGGAACACCUUACAAGUAACUUGAGUUACGUAAUCAAAUUACUUUUUUUUUUCAAGUAACUAGUAAAUUAACACAAUACUUUUAAAACUUACAACAAAAUAUCUGAAUUACUUGUGAAGUCAAAUAAGACACUUUAUUUACCGUAUACUGAUUGAGAUUUCUCUUGUUUCUGUGUUGAGAGAGAGUUUGGGAGUAAAUGCAGGGGCUUGUGCGUCUGAGUAAACAUGAUCACUAGACUAAACGUGCAUUUACUCUGUUAACCUGCUCAAAAUCACAUUUAGUAUUCCUAAAAAUAAAAAAAAAUGCAAACUCAGAAUAUUCUGCCAAAUCGCAAUAAUCUGUGCAAAACUGUUAAAGCAACAAUGACAAUGGUGCGUGUGUGAUAAGAACAUUAUUGCUAUCAAUUUAUUUUUGGUUAGCAAACCGAGCCCAGGCGAGAAAAAGUCAUGCAAAAGUAAUGUAACGUUACUUUUCAUAAAAAGUAAUGCAAAUGGUUACUUUUUAAGGAGAAACUCCCUACAACAACCCUGCAAAGCAUUAUUUUUGUAAAAAGUAACUUUCCCCAACACUGGUAGUAUGUCAGUACAAAUGUAUAAUUCUUAUUGCAAAUGUGGUGAGAUCCCUAUGAGCCCCCGAAUACUAGUGGGAUAAACGGCAUAAACACAGCAAACGGCCGCAAAUGAAUUGUGACGUGUAAAAUGUAUUUAACAAUAGUCUGCAUAAUUAAAUCUAAACACCUGUCAUAUCCAAACCAUACAGUUUUUGCAGUAAUAUGUCUAUGCAGUAAUGCGUGAUAAACAGUAUAGCUACACAGGCUGUUAUUAUCUGAAUAUGAUUGGAGAUAAACUGAUCUUAAUUUUUUUUUUUUUUAAAUCUGAUCAGAUUGUAAACAGAUUUAAGUGUACAGGAUUUGCAGAAAUUGUUUGUUUUUAAUCAUCAUCAAAAAGUAGCGAUGGUCAAAUAUGAACAAUGAAAAAUGGGGGGCUGUAUAUAAAUAUUAUAGCCUAUUAUUUAUCCUCUAGAUGGCGCACGUGUUCCUCAGCGCAUUUCUGGCAUCCCUUUUCGUGAGGCUCCACUUCACUGCAGUUCAAUCUCCAAUUUAAUUACUUUUUACUUAGACAUACUUUACCCUUCAUGUCGUCCAAAACAUCUUCAAUAAAUAAAUAAAAGCGAUUCUAAAUCGUGCAUCUAUACAAUUGCAUAACCCAAAAGAAUCACCCAUAAUCGUUCACCCAUAAUAAUAAACGUUUACCGACUGCCUUGAUAAAGAGUUUUGUAUAUCGCCCCGUGCAAAGAGCGCGUGGCUCGGUCUGUGAAAUAUUAUGUAACAAGACGCGCGCUGAAUGUACUGAAUGCGCGAGGGUCACUCGAUAGCGCCCAAACAUACUCACACAUGCGCUUUACACUAAUAAGGAGAAGUUGGAGGCACUUUGUACCCUGCUGACGCGCGCCAGCGUCCAAUGGCGAAGAGGCGCAAACCAACACGGGCUGCCCAUCGUAUAUAAACUCUCGGCUGAGUUUGUAGCGGGGUUUGAAGGCGGCUGAGCGGUUUUACACCCUAUCGUACGAGAUUACCGCCUUAUUUUUCGUUUAUUAUUCCGCCAGGACUUUUGGGGGUACGCAUUUAUAUUCGUACGCAUUUAUAUUUUCGCAGAUGGUUCGGUAUCAGCUCCGGCGGCAGUGAAUAUCCACGUAAAAGCCGGUGUGUCUUCAUUUUAAAUCCAAAACCCAGCCCCCCCCCAUCCCGAAUCGUUUAUUAAAACAGCGGGACUCGCGAUGCCUUUGGAUCUGGGGAUGUACGAGAGCCGCGCGGAUUAUAAAUCCCCGAAACAAUCAAAAACCUCGUUCGCAUUUUAUCAGGCCGUGCGGGACCUGUUGCCGGUGUGGGUCCUGGAGGACAUGCGGACCAUGGAGGUGUUUCACUGGGAAGACGACGGACAGGCGUGCGCGUACUCUCCGUCAGAGGCGUUUCUGUACGCGCUGGUACACGAUCACCAGCAGUACGCGAGUUAUUUACUCAACAGGUUCUCCACCCGCGCUCUGGAGAUGCCCAGCAGAAGCUUCUGCUGCUGCCAGGCUUCCACCGCGCCGCACCUGGCCAUAGCCGUCCGCUACAACCGCGUCAACAUCCUGAAAAUGAUCGUGGCCACCAUCAAAGACUUGACGGACUGCGAGAGACGGAGCUACCUGAACAGUCACGGAUGCGUCCACACCGACGGCAGCAAAACCGCGCUGCAUCUCGCGUGUGAUCUGGUGCGUCCCGAGUGCUUGGUGCUGCUGCUGGGUCACGGCGCGUGUCCUUACGCAACGGACCUGACAGGGAACACCCCCUUGGACUGCUUACUCAGCCAGAUCUGCCAGAGCGGCUUUGACAUGCGGACGAAGCGCAUCUGCCUCGGCUACCUCAUUUUAUUCAUGCCCACAUUUCGCUUCCGGAUGAAGAGACAGUUGCAGGACAGUGGCGACGCGUGGAGGGCGCUCGUAGGAGAGCAGGCCUUCCAGUGGCUUUCCGGAUCGUCGCCCCCUUCGCUGUUCGUUCAGGCCAUGCAGAAGCUCAGCCAGUCCAUUCCCACAGACCAGCUGGACUCACUGCCGGACUUUCUGAAGCCCCUGGACUUCAGACUGGAUCAAGCUUAAUGGGCGCACACUGGAAAUCUAAUAAAGUGCAUUGCUCGACUCAAUUCGUUCUCGAAAUAUUCAGGUUUGAGUGGACGCGGAAAGCUCUGUAAAUAUGUGAAUAGUUUGAUGUUGUAUAGUCGCAUUGUGAAAGACACUGUGAAAUUAUUAAAAUAUAUAUUUUUUUGCA